AGAGUGCUCUUGGUUCCUAGGAUUCUGCUUCUUUCUCUGGGACAUCCUGUGUCAUUUCAUCCAGCAUGCAACCCCUUCAGUUCCUGCCCUGGGCCUGCCGUGCCACCUUGUUCCUGAUUUUCUGUCUGCAUCUUGGGCCCAACAAUGCCCAGCAAGACACGCGAAAUCCAGUAAUCAUGGAUAUGGAAAUUCAAAGAGAAUUGGAGAACCAAGAUGAAAUAACUCUGAAAGGGUCCCUGAAAACAGAAUUGAAAGAAUGCAUGGUGGCUAAAGUAUUCCUAGUGAGCAGUUACCCCAUGAGUGGGCCUUUUUACUAUACCUACACCACCUGCCUCUGUGAGGACAGUCCAAAAACCUUCUACUGGGAGUUUCCCGUAGUCAGACAAGUAGACAUAGCAUUGGUGGCCAAGAUUAUUUCUGAGGAAAACAUCUGCACUGAUGCUAUAUCAGUGAUCCCCAAUAAGGGCAACUUCACAUACAUUCGUAGAAAAUUGUCUCCCCAGUGAACUUCCUGGAAGCCUCCCCCAGGACUGUUUUAGUCUUGACUGGGGUGUCUGUGGUGAUCUACAAAAUAAAAUUCUCACAAGCUUUAA